UUUACAAUCUAAAUUUCUCCACCUGCUCCCCAAGAAAUGCUCUGCUCCAAAUGUAUUAUAUCUAGGUGAAAUUCUGUGAUUUUGAUUUGCAUUAGUCCAUGUCAUUAUUUUCUUCAGUUCUGAUCUUUACGUUUCCAAAUGAAUGUGAGACUCAAGUAAAAACAUCAGAACAUCACCUGGCUUUGCAUGAAAAAGUUGCUUGUUUUUCAUGCAAAUCCUUGGAUUAAUACCAGGGUUGCUCUGUCUCUGUUUUUGAUGCAAACAUUUUGCAUAACUCUACUUGUUGAUAAACUGCAAAUGGGGAGGAAAAUGUGUGUGUGGGGUGGAUGUGUAUUUAAAUAAGUGUUUAGAUUUAUUUAGUAAUACUGAGAAUUUCUAGCGGCUGUUAGCUAAUCCGACUACUUGGCCAGAAAUUAGACAUGUCUUUCAAUUUAUGAAGUGUUUGAGAUGGGAGCUAACUUGUGCGGCAAAGCUGAGACCCAAAGAUGAUAAGCUUCCCUGAAGGGGAGGUCAAGUUUGGCUUCUUCCAGAGAGCGGCCUGAGUGCCAAAUUGAGAUGUGGGCCCAACUCCCCCCGAAUGUGCUCGGUGUAGGGAUCUGGUCCACGUCUUCAGAUCCGUGACUAACAUAAACCUGGGAAAAGAAGCGUGUGCGCCCCUCAUCUUGCUGCGCAAGGUCUAGCGUAAUGUAAGGACUCCAGAAAUAACAAGGACUUGGAGCAGACUGAGGGUCCGAGCUGGGCGUCUUGGGACAGUAACUUGAGCGCAUUAGGACCUGGAGGGAGCGGGGUGCUCACUACUCUGUGGGCUGCUGCAAGCGAAGAGUCAAGGGCAAAGAAACGUGGCUGUCGAAGCGGUGGGUGGGGAAGUGUCCCACAGCCAGAGUUGGAUCCAAGAGGGAGGGGAGCCCCGGGACGGCUGCCAGGGCUCGCUCCGGAUCAGCGCUGCGCCGGGUGGCAGCGCUUCUGUCAAUCAGCCUGACUCCACUCCCGCACGCCCUGUGUUCUCCAGUGCUGCGCUCCAGCUGCCUCCUCGAGUCUCUGCUUCGCUGCGAGCUGACAGAGCGGCCGCCGCUGCUGCUGGGUGCAUGCACCGGGGGACCGGAGCGGGGUUGAGGCGUCCCGAGGCGGCGGUGCGGAGGACCGGGCGGCGCCGGGCUGCCCUCAGUUGGUGCUGGGUACCGGCGGGGAACUUUAACGCUGGCUCCAAGUGUUGGGCUCGGUCUGCGGUUCAGCUGCAAUGGAUCCUCCAGCGGGGAUCGCCUGUCUGCUGCUCUGCUGUGCGCUCUUCCUGCCCGGGAGCGCCCUGCAGAGCUCCAGGGAGAGAGAUCCUAUUUUGAGGAAUACAGAGGAAUACAGACUUGUCGUCCCAGUCAGCACAGAUUCAGAAGGCAGAUUCCUGUCUAACCUGGUGUCUGGACCUCCAAGGGGGCGCUUCCGAAGAGAUGCUGGGGAUAUGCAACUUGAAGCUUCAAAUGAGCAAAUAUUUUAUAAUAUAACUGUUUUUGGAAGAGAGUUUCACCUCAAGCUGAGACUGAACUCUAGGCUGGUUGCCCCUGGAGCAACAAUUGAAUGGCAAGAGGAUUCUAAUGUGACUCAUAUUGAACCACUCCAUGGGAAUUGCCUAUAUGUUGGGGAUAUCACGGAUUUACCUAACGCUUCAGUUGCUAUAAGCAACUGUGACGGGCUGGAUUACUCCUGGUUAGCUGUGUAUGCUAAGACUUUUAAAAGAACAGUGGUGCAAUUUAUCUCAGAUUUGGGAUGA